AUGGCUCCUCUGAUCUUCAUCCUCUUCAUCCUGACAGGUGCUGACGGUUUGAGGACAGUGAGCAGGUUAACUGUGCAGGAAUGGGCAUACGUCACUAUCCCAUGUUACUAUGAUCAGAACUAUAAAGCUCAUGUCAAAUACUGGUGUCGGGGGUAUCACUGGCACAACUGUGCCACCAUAGUGCGCACUGACUCUCCACAGACAACAGGAAAAGUGUCAAUCACAGAUGACCCCGCCCAGCAGGUCUUCACUGUGACCCUGAAUGACCUGCAGGUUAAAGACUCUGGUUAUUAUUGGUGUGGUGUGGAGAUCAAUGUGGGACGAGAUGAUGGAGAGCGUCUACAUCUCACAGUCACUGAAGGUACCCCAGACCUGUCAGUGGUGAGGGACAUGGUGACAGGUGAGGUAGGCGGCAUUGUAAGAGUCUUUUGUCGCUAUGGUGACAGACUCAAGGAUGAAGAGAAGAUGUGGUGCAGGUUUGGGGAGUGGAUCUCCUGUCUGACAGCAGGGGGGAGUGGGACGUCCCAGGACAAAGUCAAUCUGCACGUUAACCACACACAGCGGCUCCUCACCGUGGCAGUGAGGGAACUGGAGAGGAAGGACACAGGCUGGUACUGGUGUUCUGCAGGAGACCUACAGAUCCCAGUUCAUAUCAGCGUUACAAAUAAACCUACUGUCACCACAGCUUCGACGCCAACCAAACACAGGGCUGACCCAAAAAUGUGCAGACGGUUUGAGGACAGUGAGCAGUGCACCACCAUAGUGCACACUGACACUCCACAGAGGAAAGAGAAUGUAUCAGUCACAGAUGGGCCCGCCCAGCAGGUCUUCACUGUGACCCUGAAUGACCUGCAGGUUAAAGACUCUGGUUAUUAUUGGUGUGGUGUGGACAUCAAUGUGGGACGAGAUGAUGGAGAGCGUCUACAUCUCACAGUCACUGAAGGUACCCCAGACCUGUCAGUGGUGAAGAACAUGGUGACAGGUGAGGUAGGCGGCAUUGUGAGAGUAUUUUGUCGCUAUGGUGACAGACUCAAGGAUAAAGAGAAAAUGUGGUGCAGGAUUGGGGACCAGAUCUCCUGUCUGACAGCAGGGGGGAGUGGGACGUCCCAGGACAGAGUCAAUCUGCACGUUAACCACACACAGCGGCUCCUAACCGUGACAGUGAGGGAACUGGAGAGGAAGGACACAGGCUGGUACUGGUGUUCUGCAGGAGGCCUACAGAUCCCAGUUCAUAUCAGCGUUACAAAUAAACCUACUGUCACCACAGCUGCCAUUUCCCUGCUCUUCCUCACAUGCACCAUCAUCUCUGCCAUGAUCGUCAGAGACCAGUAA